GUAGAAAUCAAUAAAAUCUGUCAAAUAUAAUGUCAUCUCCUAAAAUAAAUCAAAACUCAAUAGAAGAGGGCCAAGAAUACCGACUAAACAAAGUAGAAGGACAAUUGAUUUAGCUUAACAUAAGUCUAGUAGUUAGGAUAAAUUUUCUUCAAUCGAUUUAGUGAAUUUGCUGUUUUUCAAGAAUAAGUCAUGUUACUUUUCUCUAUCUCUAUCUUACGAGAUUUGUAGACUUAGCUACACUUUAGGAGUAUGACAUAUGAUAUCUUUAUUAUAUAUGCUAACCAUAUGCUAGUCUUAUUUUGCAGAUCCAAGGUGAGGUAGGUAGCCUUACUAAUUUUGGGCAAUGAGAGUGCUUUAUGGAGGAUGUCAAUGGCCAUGUUUUGCAUUAGCAUGCAAUGUGGGAGAAGCAAAUUUGGAAAUUUCAGGAGACAUGUGGCUUUAUUUUUGUGACCAUAUUGGGUACAAUUCUGUAUGUGUCAACCCCUAAAAUUAAGUCUCUAUAUUGGUGUUAGGUGAGAGAGAUGGAGCAUGUUGUGUUCUCUUCACUAAAAUUGCUUCAUGCUCAUUUUGGAAAUGCAAACACAAGAUACUAUCUAUGUAAACUUACCCUUUUAGUUGUGAGAUAAAGAAGGCGUGUGUAUUUUAUCAGGAAAAUCGUUCGUAUAUAGAAAACAUAUUUGUGACUGAUUUCCUUGUUACAAAACAAUUUUGACCAUCACCAAUUAACACACAUCUGACAACUUUUGUGGGCUGAACUCUACUUUAGGUGACAAGGAAAUCACUGUCGUCACCAAAUGAUAGACGAUGUGUGACGAUUUUCUUCGUCAUGAAAAUAAAACAUUAUGUGUGGAAUCAUAAAUCCAUCACCAAAAGUGAGUCUUUGGUGACAAAUAUAUAUCGUCACAUAAAGUGUAACUUUUUGUAACAAAACCUUUGCGUCACAUAAGGCUCCAUCUUCGGUGACGAAGCUAAAAUAUUUAGUCACAGUAUUCUUUUGCAACAGCGUAUACGUGAUGACACCUGAGACGCAAAAUCUUCACAAAAACAUUUUGUGACGAGAAUUUGGGUCUUUGGUGACGAAAUUUUGCGUUACAAAAUACUAUUUCUCUAGUAGUGUUGUUUUCCGUUUGUUCUUCCAUCCCUCUCUGAGCUUCGUAUCUCAACACUCUCCCCCUUUCCCUUCUCUUUUUCCCCACCGUCUGGAAUCGAGAGAAACCUAGAAACAUCCCAAUUACUUCUCCAAUUUUGUGUUUGAAAUGCUUCUUCUCCAUUCAUAGUUAAUAGUGUGAAUCAGAGCACCAGAAACCUGGCGAACAGAUGGUUGUUUAUUCCUAGACAGAGCAAAGUAGUUUAAUAGCUUGUGAAUAAACUAAUUACUAAAAGUAAUAAAAAUAGAACUCGUUAAACCAAUACUAAUACUAAUUUAAAAAUUAUAUGUCGCUUCCAAAUGUUCAAUACUCCAAUUCAAUAUGCAUUAUUCAAACAAAUGAUAUAUGAGUUUCAACCUUAUAUAGGAUUAAGAAUUACAUGUCACCAUAACUUGCACUUUUAGGUCGACCUUAUAUAGGAUUAGGUCGACCUAAUAUGCACUUUUAGUCGACCUUAUAUAGGAUUAGGUCGACCUAAUAUGUCGUUUCAGUUUUGUGAGGUUCAACGACGCGGUUGAUCUUUUAUAGCAAAUGGUUGACCUCUUGGGAAGCGCAUGGAUGGGAUGUACGACUACAUGGGCCAGAUUUCCACCCAGAUGACUGGCAUGUACAACUACAUGGGGCAAAUGACCACCCAGAUGAGCACACUGCAGGUGACCGUGAAUGAGAUGCGAAAUGUGUUUCGAUCUUUCAGUGGAAGAUACAUUCAUGUCACCGUAACUUCCGACUACCAUAAUGCUAGCAACACCAAUGAAAAAAAAUGUGGAUGAGGGAGAGAGGGGACAUGAGUAGGAACUCGAUGAUUUUAGAUAGUGUGUUUUUAUGGUUAAGUGUUAAAAACGAUUGUGGAUUGAUAUUAUGUGGUUUUAGAUUUUAGUUAUGUGUGAACAAUUAUGAUUUGUGUUUUACUGUGUUUCUUAUUAGUUUGUUUAGUUGUUAUGUUAUGAUUUAUUGAGUCCUUGUUAUUAUUAUUUAUGACUGAAUCUGUUGGUUUGAAACGUAAUUUUUACGAGCAAAAAAACUACCCACAUCGCUUCCCAAAGAGGUCGACCAUUUGCUAUAAAAGGUUAACCGCGUCGUUGAACCUCACAAAACUGAAACGUCAUAUUAGGUUGACCUAAUCCUAUAUAAGGUCGACCUAAAAGUGCAUAUUAGGUUGACCCAAUCCUAUAUAAGGUCGGCCAAAAACUGCAAGUUACAGUGAUAUGCAUAUCGCCGUAGCAAAGUCCAAAAUCUCUCCCCUCCCAAACACACACACAUUUGCAAAGAAAUACUAAAUCUCAAUUUAUUUUUCACUUUACUUGCUUCUAAACUUAUUGCUGAUGUUGUUUGUUAUUACUGCAAGCUGUAAAAAAGGACUUUCCAGCUAUGAAGUUAAUCAAAAAUGAUUUUAUAAAUGAGUGUUUAUUUGUAUACAUUGAAAAAAGUUUGAGUUUUAAAAUAAACAAUGAAUGUAUUCUAUAAACCUUUUUGAAUAUUAGCCAUCACAAAUUGAUGUGAAAAACAACUCAUUAAGUCAAAAUUUAUAUGUUAUUUUUAGAAUUUUUAUUUUUACCAAAUGGUGCAUUUCUCCAUAAAACAUGAGUUCUUCAAUGUAGAUUGUGUGGUGCUCGGAUUUGUGCGCGAGCCCUUGAAGUUUAAGUUUGAUACGACACAUGAAGCAUUCAUGCUUGUAUAGGGCCGAUCCAUAUACAUUUUCUUCAUGGUAUCCUCUAAGCCUCUAACUCUGUCAUGCUAGCUUGACCAUGUGUCUAGGUAUAAUUAUAUGCGUCCUAAUAAUUAAGUGCUACCUAUUCACAAUACCAAGAUAAAAAAAAGUUAUAAAUGCACCAAGUAUUCGAUUUUGACUACCUAAUGAAAUACUACAUUUGAACCAACUACACUGAUGUCACAAAUAAUAAUUGUACAUGUAAAUAAUACAUACAUAUUUCAAACAACACAAAUAUUAAGAUUAAAUUAAUUAUUAUAAAUAGUAAAAAUUUUAUAAUAAGGUUAAUUAUAACUCAUUUAUAUGUUAAUACCCUAUAAAUUAAUCAACACAUCCAAAAAUGGUGAAAUGAACAUCACAUUAAACCUAAUAUCAUCUCAUUAUUGUCGGGUCCAUUCAUGCCAGAUUAGUAAGAGGUUUAAUGUUUAGCAGUUAACUAGACUAAAAUUUUAGAGAACCCGUCACCUAUAGUUUGUACAAAAUAUUAUUGCUUCGUAGUAGUUCUGAAAAAAUAUAUAUUAAUUUAAAUAAUUCUACAUCGCUUUUGCAUAUUCAAUACUGCAAUGCGAUAUGCAAUAUUUCAAGCAAUGAAAUUUGUGUUGCAAUUUUACGAUUACAUGUCAUUUUACAGGUUAUAAAAAUUAUAAAUCACGUAUUAAAAUUUCCUUUUAAGUAGAUUUAAUAGGCUAGCUAACCGUGAUAGAAAAGUCAUAUGCUUUUCAAAUCUUCGCUUAGUGUAUGUAUACAAUUUAAGAAGAUAAAAUAAUUUGUUUAGUGUAAUUGGUUGUGAUUAUUGUUUUUGUUUGAACAAACCAUGGUUCAAAUCUUGAUAUUGAUACUUUUUUAUAUGAAGUAGAUAAAUAAUUGUGAUGAAAAAAAUCAAAAAUAUUUUUCCUACUUUCACUCUCUUUUUCUUGAAAUUCGAAAUGGAAAAUCUCAAAAAUUUGAAUAUAUCUUAUAGAAAGAGCUCCUUCAACCAAGUAGGAAGUGGUAUUUUAACUGAAAUUAUUAGAUCUUUUAUAAAAUGAUUGAUAGUGA